AUGAGUGGAAUCCCUGAUGACCUAAUCGCCAAAUUGGAGAAAUUCGACGAUCUUUUAACAAAGCUCGAGGACGCCGUCGACGAGAUUGAUGUAGGCGUUGAGAAGCAUUAUGAGCGAAACGCUCACGAAAUGGCUCUGGUGGAUUCGGUGAGCAUGUUUCUGAUGGACAGCUUACUAUGGGCGACACAAGCGACAAAAGGGGGUGGAGCCGAUAAAAACGAGGAAUUGCUAAUUGAUUUGGCCCGAACAAAACGAGUAACUGCUGAUAUGAAAGAGAUCAAUCUACGACAAGAUGCCCCACGAAUUAAUAAGCAGGCCGCCGGAAAUUUUGUCAGAAAUGCUCUUUGGGAGGUGCCGGACCAGCAAAAAACGACGACAGAAAAGGAAGUAAAAACCGAGGAAAGCGCAAAAAAGUGA